AUGGGCUCGCUCACCGGCCAGACGAGCUCGACUCCCGACAUGGCCCCUAGCCCGGCUGCCCUGCCGUCCCCCGAGGACGAUGAGGCAGACUAUCUUGACCAAGUCCUGCGCCUGUCCACCCAAACCACCGAGGCCGCCAUCGACGAAGAACUGGUCGCGAAGGCCACGGCACUCGGUAUAUGUACUUCAGGGCUUACGCCAGAAAAUACCGAUGCAGGCCCCGAGUCGCGAGCUUCAACAGUUGCGACCCAGCAUGUGCGGACCUUUUCCACCGCCUCGCGCGAUUCCGCGAGCACCACCUUGACCUCCCAUCCCUCUCUCAACACGGCUCCGUUCGCCGCUGCCACGGCCGACGUGCCACCAAACUCGCUGGCAAGGAAGAGAUCCAAGAGCCUUACUUUCUCGCAUUACGACAAGUACCUGUCACAAUUGGACCCUAACAUCCACCAACCCAAGAUCCAGAAGGCGCCGCCUCCACCAGUUCUUAACCCAUCUACGCACAGCCUAUUCAGCGUGUCCACCAGAAGGAGCUACUUCAGUAUAAAGGAGGGCAUUAGAAAGAUUCGAUGGAAGAGGCGGUCUGCCCUCAUGGAGUCCACGAUUUCUUGUAUAUGCUGUCGCAACGAAUUCAACAAGCCGAGUGAUCUGCACAGCUUGCCCUGCGGCCACACCUACUGCGCCGACUGCCUCAGCAUAAUGAUCCAGCAGGCGACGACAGAUGAGUCCAAGAUGCCACCGCGAUGCUGCACCCAACCCAUUCCGGGAUCCAUCAUCCAAAAGAUACUCACCCGAGAGGAGCAGCAUGCGUUUUUGAAGGCGGUGCUACAAUUCAGCACUCCCUGGGAAGCUAGAGUCUUCUGCCCAAACACAGCAUGCGGCGAGUUCAUUCCUCCCCGAAACCGAAUCGAUCCCAAACACCCCUUCGAUGUCGUCUGCCGAAAGUGCCGGACCAGAGUUUGCAUAAUGUGCAAACGAAACGCACACGCCAUCGGAAAGGACUGUCCGUCGGACUGGGAACUGGAAGCCGUGUUGAAGAUGGGUGAAAAGUCUGGCUGGAGAAGAUGCAAGGCUCAAUUUUGCUACAUUUGCGGCGCCAUCUGGGACCCGUCGGUAGGCUGUCCCAACUUCUGCAACGGGGAUGAAGAGCUAGAGCGGCGAAGGAUGGAGGAAGAAGCUAGAGAAGCCGAGCUGGAGGCAGAGAAGGCAGCCCAAGAAGCUGCCGCGGCUGCCGAAGCGGCAGAGAAAGUCGAGGCGGAAAAGCGCACACGAGGCAGCCCACAAUUCGCCAAAUUGGAUGAAUUGAUGGCGGAAGAGUUGGAACGAUUCCGUGUUUACAUGCGGAAAACGAAGUGGCUCAUGUGGACUCGACAAGCGGAGAAGAAGCAAGCAACCGUUGACAGGUACUCGGAUCUGAUCGAGAAGAUGAAGGAACGCCAUGCCAAAACAGCAGCUCAUCUUGAGGAACGGCAAAUCGAGGCCGAGAUGGACCUGAGAUCAACGCUGGACCAAAGCGAGAAGAGCGUCAAGAUCCGUUUGAAGCAUAUGGAGGCAUACUGCGAUGGACUCGGCCGAACCCAAAACUCGGACUUGCCGCCGAGAGUUGUCACUGAGAGAGACUUGCGCUUGCUGGGACAACAGUACAACGUACGAGACGGCAUGGAGCGACUGCAUCAAGCGAAGAUUAAUGUCCUACGAGAUCGGCAGGCUAAGCGGAUGGAAGAGCUUCUGGAACGCCAGGAGCAGGAACUUGAGAAGCUGACGGAUAAGAAAGAGCAGGAGAUAGAGAAUCUGGCAACGGAUUUUGCGCAAGAAGAAGAUACCCUGGUCAGAACAUUUAAUGACCGCAAGCAGAGAUUGCAACGGCGUUGGCUACUAGCGAUUGAGAUUCUCCGAAAAGAGCUCGAGGAGCAGACCAAAGACCAAUACGCGUCUCUGAAUUUGCCAGUUUGGCCCGACGACACGGAGACGCAGGACGAGAUUCUGGCAUCGCUCCCUGACUCCCCGGCGAGUGAGGAUUAA